GUCAUACGUAUACGUUUUUGGCACAUACACUCACUUAUAUACCAGUAUAAAUUUCGAAUUACAUCAAUAACAAAAAUCAAUAUAAGAAGUAUAAUAAACUAAGAUGUUAUCUAAUCCAGUACGUGUUAAUUUAUUAACUGAAAUUUGGUGAAAAGUGAGAUAACAACCCAAGGACAAACACAUCCAACCCAUUUUUCUGAGCAGUCCUAUGUUGAUCUCGUAACUGUUCGGUUGAAACACGAGUGCACCUCGAAAUAUCUAUUAAAAAAUUCAAUAUUUUAUAAAUCUUGCGAUUGGAAUAAACAAAAUAUUAUAUCAUCAUUAUGUCUACUGAAAAUGGAGUGGUACCGCCAACAGCCGAUAUGAGUGCGUUAAAUAUCGACCAAGUAAAAGAUUCCCCGGCAUCAUCACCAACCCCAGGCGGAGAUGCAAGUCGACUUACCUUCGAAGACAACUUCAAACAUUUCGCAAAAUUCGGAGAUCCAAAAUCAGACGGUAAACAGAUCACUCUAUCAAACAGCGACAAAUGGAUGAAGCAAGCCAAAAUAAUAGACGGCAAAAAAAUUACGACCACAGAUACUGGUAUCUAUUUUAAAAAAUUGAAAUCACAGAAAGUUUCUAUCGUCCAGUAUAAACAAUUUUUGGAGGAUUUAGCGAAAGCUAAAAAAACGGAUGUGGAUGAAAUUAAAACUAAAUUGGCCGAAUGCGGGGCGCCUUUACUUCAUGGCACUCCUGCCAGUAAAGCCACGGCUGCAGUAGAUCGUCUAACAGACACGUCAAAAUACACUGGAACUCACAAACAGAGAUUCGAUGAUUCCGGGAAAGGGAAAGGAAUCGCCGGUAGAAAAGACAUCGUAGAUACCUCUGGAUAUGUUAGUGGAUUUCAACAUAAAUAAAAAGGACAUACAGAUGCUCUUUCUAUGUUUCAAGAAUAUAAAAGGACACCAGAAGUACAUAUAUUCCACUAUAAUUUAUUAUAAAUUUGACAUAUGACCUUAAUAACUCUUUUCAAAUAAAGGUGGAAUCGCGUUUAAUUCAUGUAUUACUAUUCACUUGAACGUUAUCUAGCUGAGCCAUCAUUUGAAAAGAAUUAUUAAAAUUAAAUUGUCAAAUUAACUUCAGUGAUAUAUACUUUGUUCUAACCUCGGGAAAAAAACUCCAAAAUAAAGUGUAACUUAAAAGAUAUUUUUCAAAAAAAAAAUAUUUUUCUUAGAUGACAGCGUACAAAUUUGCAAACACAAAAUUGUCCUUUCAAUUUUUGUUUUAUAUAAACUGUAAAUGGAAAGUGAAAUUACUUUUACGAAAGUAUUGUGAACGAAUUUUUUCAUGGAUACAAAAAAUUUCGUGUAAUAUUUCAUUUAUGAUUCAGUUUCCAAAUUUUUAUAUAACGAAAUGCAAAAUUUUUACUUUACAGUUUGUACAAAAAUGAUUGACGUUACUAUCUUGAAUAAAAAAAAAAUAUUGAUAUUUUUGCAAUGAAAAUGAAAACCAUGUUAUAUUUUUUUGAAAUAUACCUUUGAAUACUCUAAAUAUAAGUUUUGUAUAAAAUAUUUUUAGCAAUAUAUUUAUAAGAAUAUAUUAUAAAAUAUAUGUUCAAAUUAUAUGUGUAAGUAGUUGUAUCAAAAUAAAACUGGGGAUCAAAAUAAUGAAAAAAAA